GAGAAUGCGGGCCCGGGGACGACCCGAUGCCAUUCUUGGAACCAACCGAGAAGGAGAAGCUUUCGUACGCCGCUCAGAACUAUGACGGUAAGAAAAGCGUCUGGGUUCCUCACAAGAAGGAAGGAUUCGUAAAAGGCGACCUGGUGGAUUCAAGUGGGGAAAAAUGCACAGUGAAGACUGUUAAGAACGAGACGGUGUCUCUGAAGAAAGAUGACAUUCAACAAAUGAACCCGCCCAAGUUUGAACAAACUGCUGAUAUGGCUAACAUGACCUUUCUUAACGAGGCUAGCGUUCUUCACAACCUCAGAAGCCGAUACGCAUCUUUGAGAAUUUACACAUACUCUGGACUUUUCUGCGUGUGUGUGAAUCCGUACAAGUGGUUGCCCGUGUAUGGUGUGAAAGUGGUGCACAUGUACCGUGGUAAGAAGAGAUCAGAGAUGCCACCCCAUCUCUUCUCAGUAGCUGACAACGCCUACCAUGACAUGCUCAUGGAUCGUGAGAAUCAAUCUAUUCUCAUUACUGGUGAAUCAGGAGCUGGAAAAACUGAGAACACCAAGAAGGUCAUUCAGUAUUUUGCCAACAUUGCUGCCAGUGGUGUCCAGAAGCCAGGCGAGGAAAAGAAAGCAAAUCUUGAAGACCAAAUUGUCCAGACUAACCCUGUGCUUGAAGCUUGGGGUAACGCGAAGACAAUUCGUAACAACAACUCUUCUCGUUUUGGAAAAUUCAUCAGAAUUCAUUUUGGUACAAGCGGAAAGCUUUCUGGAGGUGACAUCGAGUCUUAUCUUCUUGAAAAAUCUCGUGUUAUCUUCCAACUGCCAGCUGAGAGAGGUUACCAUAUCUUUUACCAGAUUAUGGCCAGCGGUCGCAAAGACAUGCUUGAAUCUCUUUGUGUUUCGAACAACCCAAGAGAUUACCAUUGGGUGAGCCAGGGUGUUAUUUCUGUGGAUAACAUGAACGAUUUUGAGGAAUUCAACUUUACUGAUGAAGCUUUCGAAGUACUAGGUUUCACAGAAGAAGAACGUUUCAACUGCUACAGACUGACCUGCGGCUGCAUGGUGUUCGGUUCAAUGGUGUAUAAGCAGAAACCACGUGAUGAACAGGCCGAGGUCGACACCGUUGAGGUUGCUGACAAGGUUGCCCAUUUGUUUGGUAUCAGCUCUCCAGAUCUCUGCAAAGCUAUUACCAGACCCCGCGUGAAGGUUGGAACCGAGUAUGUCCAGAAAGGUCAAAAUGUGGACCAGUGCUUUAACUCGACCGGAGCUUUAGCCAAGGCAACCUACGACAAGCUGUUUAAGUGGAUUGUGUUCCGAUUGAACAUAACAUUGGACACCAAGCUUCCAAGGAACUACUUCGUUGGUGUGCUCGACAUUGCUGGAUUCGAAAUCUUUGAAUUCAACACCUUCGAGCAACUGUGCAUUAACUUCACCAACGAGAAGCUUCAACAAUUCUUCAAUCAUCACAUGUUCGUCCUUGAACAAGAAGAAUAUAAGAAGGAGGGAAUCGAGUGGACCUUUAUCGAUUUUGGAAUGGAUCUUCAAGCUUGCAUCGAGCUUCUGGAGAAGCCCAUGGGUGUGUUCUCUAUUCUUGAGGAAGAAUCAAUUGUUCCCAAAGCUACUGAUGAAACCUUCAAAAACAAGUUGUACGAAAAGCACGAGAAGAAGUCGGAAGCUUUCAUUAAACCGAAAGUCACCAAGAAAGGAAACGCUCAUUUCUCCGUCAAGCAUUACGCUGGUGUGGUGGAUUACAAUGUCGACGGUUGGUUGAAUAAGAACAAGGAUCCUCUGAACGACAGCGUGGUACAACUCUUCCAGAAGUCCACCAACAAACUCAUGUCUGCUAUCUUCCCUGAGACUAAGGAAGAACCUGCUGGCAAGAAGAAGAAGAAGGGUGGUAGCUUCCAGACCGUCUCAGCCUUGUACCGAGAACAACUUAACAAACUGAUGACAAACUUGAGAAACACCAAGCCUCAUUUCGUUCGUUGUUUGAUCCCUAAUGAGAUGAAACAAUGCGGUAUCAUGGAUGCCGCUUUGGUACUUGCCCAGCUAAAGUGCAACGGUGUGUUGGAAGGUAUUCGUAUUUGCCGAAAGGGAUUCCCCAACAGAUUGCAGUACCCUGAGUUCAAGCAAAGAUAUCAGAUCCUGGCUGCAUCUAAAGUGGCGAACAUGGUCGACAGUAAGAAAGCUACUGAGACUAUCCUGCUUCAUAUUGAGCUUGAUACUGCAUUGUACAAGAUCGGGCACACAAAGAUCUUCUUUAAAGCUGGAGUCCUUGCUGAUCUUGAGGAUCAGAGAGACGACAUCUUGGCGAUCAUCAUGACCAAGAUGCAGUCGAAGGCUCGUGGUAAACUUAUGAGGAUUGAGUUCAAAAAGAUGCUCGAGCGUCAGCGUGCUGCAAAAGCCAUUCAGCGCAACAUCAGGAAGUUCUUGCAGUUCCGUGAUUGGCAAUGGUGGAAACUUUAUACCAAGGUGAAACCGCUUCUUAACAUCGUCCGAGUGGAAGACGAGCUCAAAGCAAAAGACGAGGAGAUUGCUGAACUCAAAGACAAAUACUCCCACGAAGAAAAGUUGCGAAAAGAAUACGAAGAGAAAUGCGUCUCUCUUCUUUCGGAGAAGAACGACUUGACUCUUCAAUUGCAAGCUGAACAAGAAAACUUGGCCGAUGCUGAAGAACGAAACGAGCAGUUGGUCAAAGUGAAAGGCGACUUGGAGGGCCAGGUCGGUGAUUUAUCUGAACGCUUGGAUGAAGAGGAGGCGAACAAUGUUCAACUUUCUGCUUCUAAAAAGAAGCUUGAAAAACAAUGCGAAGACCUUGGUCAUGACAUUGAGGAAGCUGAAUCUAACAUCAACCAUCUUGAAAAGGAUAAGCAAGGCUUGGAACUCAAGCUCCGUAGUUUGUCUGCCGAUCUUGAACAACGAGAUGACAGCAUUCAGCGUUUGAACAAAGAGAAGAAGCAACUUGAUCAAGUCAACCAGCAGACGCUGGAGGAUCUUCAAGCCAUGGAAGACAAGGCCAACCACCUCGGAAAGAUCAAGAUCAAGCUUGAACAACAAGUUGAAGACAUCGAAGACAGCCUCGAGCAGGAAAGAAAACACAAAGCCGACCUUGAAAAAUCAAAGAGGAAGUUGGAAAAUGAUCUCCGAAGCGCACAAGACACCAUUAUGGAUCUUGAGAAGGACAAAGCCUCCUUGGAAGAUGCUCUACGCAAGCGAGACUUCGACAUUAACCAGCUCAAUGGUAGAAUCGAGGACGAGCAAAACUUGGCUUCCCAACUCAACAGGAAAGUCAAAGAACUCCAGGCAAGAGUUGAAGAAACCGAGAGCGAGCUUGAUAUGGAGAGACAAGCCCGUUCAAAGGUUGAACGCAACCGAAGCGAACUGGUUCGUGAACUCGAUCAACUUAGUGAACAGCUUGAAGAGGCUGGUGGUGCGACUCAAGCCCAGAUCGAAUUGAUCAAGAGGCGCGAGUCCGAUUACCUGAAACUUCGACGUGACUACGAAGAAGCAGUCAUGCAGAACGACGCUACUGUUGGUCAGCUCAAGAAGAAACAUCAAGAUGUUGUCAACGAACUCGUGGAACAGGUCGAGAACCUGAGUCGAGUGAAAAACAAGAUCGAGAAGGAUCGCGCUCAGCUUCACAUGGAGCUUGAUGACGUCACCACUCAGUUGGAAGAAGUUUCCAAACUCAAGGCUCGUUCCGAGGCCAACGUACGUGUCAUGGAGGAACAGGUGACCGACUACAAGUUCAAGGUGGAAGAAAAUAUCCGCAUUGUAAACGAGUUGACGAUCAUCAAGAACAAGUUGACAAGUGAAUCAAUGGAGUCUUCUCACCAACUUGAAGAAGCGGAAAGCAAGGUCAGCGCUCUUUCCCGCGCAAAAUCCAACAUGACGUCAAUGCUUGAAGAUCUCAAACGUCAGUUGGAGGAAGAAUCAAAGAGCAAGCAAUCUUUGGCACACGCCCUGCAAGCUGCACGUCACGAUCUUGAUCUGUUGCGUGAACAAGUUGAGGAAGAACAAGAAGGUAAAGCUGAACUUCAACGAGCGCUUUCCAAGGCAAACGCAGAGGUGGCUAACUGGAGGACGAAGUACGAAACCGAUGCCAUCCAACGUAUGGAAGAGCUCGAGGAAGCAAAGAAGAAGCUUGCAAUUCGUCUCCAAGAGGCUGAAGAGCAAACCGAGACCGCCCUCGCUAAAUGCGCAAGUCUUGACAAGACAAAGAUCCGGUUGACCAAUGAAGUUGAGGACCUUACCAUUGACCUUGAAAGGGCCAAUGCUACAAUCUCCGCUCUUGACAAGAAGCAACGCAACUUCGACAAAGAGAUUUCCACCUGGAUGCUCAAGGUCGAAGAACUCCAAGCCGAACUUGACGGUGCAAUGCGUGAGAACAGGAACUACCAGACCGAAAUCUAUAAGAUCAAGGUUUCGUACGAAGAGAGCAUUGAACAGCUCGAGAUUGUCAAGAGAGAGAACAAGAACCUUUCCGAGGAAAUCAAUGAUCUUACUGAUCAAUUGACAACUGGUGGCAAAUCCCUUCACGAGCUCGACAAAGCACGCAAGAAGGCCGAACUCGAAUGCGAAGAACUUCGUUCAGCAUUGGAGGAAGCCGAAGGCGCUCUUGAACUCGAAGAGAGCCGAGUUCUCCGACUUCAACUUGAACUCACCCAAGUUAAAGCCGAUAUUGAUCGAAAACUCCAAGAAAAGGAAGAAGAAUUCGACAGCACAAGGAAGAACCAUCAACGUGCCAUCGAGUCCAUGCAAGCCAGCUUGGAUGUUGAAAUCAAGAGCAGAACUGAUGCUGUGCGAGCCAAGAAGAAGCUCGAGACUCAGUUGAAUGAUGCCGAGAUGCAACUUGACCAUGCCAACCGCAACCUUGCUGAACAGAUCAAACUUGUCAGGAAACUUCAAGUCACCAUCAAGGAGAUCCAAGAUCAAAUGGAUGAAGAUCAACGCAUCCAUGAAGAACUUCGCGAGCAAUACAGCAUCCAAGAGAGGAGACUCACCAUCACCAUCAGCGAGUUGGAAGAAACCAAAUCUGCUCUUGAAUCCAACGAACGUGCACGUAAACACGCCGAGGCUGAGCUUUUGGACAUCAGUGACCGAAUCAACACCCUCUCGGCACAAAACUCUGCUCUUUCCAGCGCCAAACGCAAGUUGGAGACUGACAACGAACAACUUAGAGGAGAUCUCGAAGAUGCACUGAUGGAAGCGAAGACUGCAGAUGAGAGAGCUAAGAAGGCGACCUCGGAUGCUGCACGCAUGUCAGAAGAGCUUCGUUCCGAACAGCAACACAUCCUCUCGAUCGAACGAGUCAAGAAGACUUUGGAAGUCCAAGUACACGAGAUGUCGAUAAAACUGGAUGAGGCGGAAGCAUACGCGCUCAAAGGUGGACGUAAAGCACUCGCCCAACUGCAAGCGCGACUCAAGGAUGUUCAAAAUGAGCUUGAAGCUGAACAACGUCGCCAUGCUGAGACAUUGAAGAACUACAGAAAGAUGGACAGGAGACUCAAGGAGCUUUCCUUCCAGGCUGACGAGGAUCAAAAGAACCAAGUCAGAAUGCAGGAACUGGUUGAGAAACUUCAAUUGAAACUAAAGCAAUACAAGAAAAUGGCUGAAGAAGCGGAAGAACAAGCCAACCAGAACCUUGCCAAAUACAGGAAGGUUGUUCACGAAUUGGAGGAGGCUGAAGAAAGAGCUGAGAUCAGCGAAUCUGCUCUGAACAAAGUCAGGUCCAAGUCCCGUUACAUGACGAGCAGUGUAGGCGGCGGCGGUGGAGGUGGUUACUCCUACUCAAUCUCCAGGAAGGUGGUGACAACCAAAGGAUCAUCAUCCACCUCUUAAACUGCUUCCCUGAUCUCCGACAACGAAAUCUCCCUUUCUUAUUUCUUCAUCUUUCAUCUCCUCAUAUACGUCAACAUCUCAACACUUCAAACACGCAGACGAGCCUUAUCGCCGAAUCGGCGACUCGCGAGCAGCAAGAAGCCAACAUCUCGGUUUCUUCACACACUUCAUUCACUCUUACCCAGUUCAGCAAUCAGCCUCCACAAACGAGCACGCCCAAUCACGUCAUAGCAGCGGCGGUGCGCUACGCAACGAAGGUGAAUCCCCGCUUGAACUUCGACGCUUCCACGUCAGCCUGCCAGCAAAUACGUCAUUACGGUAUUACGUCAUCAUUCUCAUCAGGAUCGAAUGAGAAACUCAAGUUAUCAUCGUCCUCGCAAAAAGCAGAAGAAGCGAUUUCCAACGAUGCAGUCCGGGAAUCCCCGAAUGACGUCACUCAUUACGUCAGUACUCCGUCAUUAAAUACGUCAUUUUCCUCGAGCAGUUCGGACACGGAAGAGAGGGAAUAGACGAAAAACUUCUGGUGUAAACAAUCCACCAGCAUUUUGAAUGUGUUAGCGGUGGUGUAAUUAUAAAGACGAUGUUAACAUCUCGAAUAAGUGAUUUAAGUUAAAGAUGUUCAAACACGAUGACCAGUUGCACUGCGUUGCUAUUUAUCCCAUGUUACUGCAAUGUCAUUUACCGGAUAUCUCGCAAUUUCAUGCACUUUUUAUAUCUCUAUAUCACAAUACAUUAACCAUUAGCAGCAUAA